AUGGACGUGGCGUGCACUGACAUGUACUUCGUGUCGGUGAACCUGACGGGCAGAUGGGUCGGCUCCCAGGGCCGCGCUUUCUGCGCCAGCUAUGUCGCUGAGAAGGAGUCCCGGCGUUGGCUGCGAUACGGCCAGGUGGAGCUGAAGGUGGUGCAGGGCCGCACUAAGAGUGGCAUCGUCUAUCUGAACCUUUUCGCCCGCAAUCUGAAAUUUGUAGGCUACCCUGUGGGUGGGAUUCUGGGCUUGGACUACCACGCGGCCGCAGCUGAGCACAGUCUGAAGUGCCAGAAAAGAAUCACUUUGGCCUCGGUGCCAGUCCGGACGAACGCCUCCACCGCAGUGGCACAUCUGUAA